UCAUAACGAAAAUUCUUGGCCCACCUUCUGACAUUCGCAGACCAGAUUUCUUAAAAACACCAGAGUAUCCACGAGGAUUAGAGUUUGACAUUUAUUAUCCGCAAUAUGGAUUUUGCAAUAGAGGUACAAGUCAAAUAGAA